GGCGCUGCAGCGGCGUGAUCAGCGGGGAGUGACUGAGUGUGUGUCUGCCGGCGGGGGGGAGAUCUCAGACGGGCACUAGUAGGGUGUGGACGGUGGUAGAGUGUCGGUCCGGACUGUCCCUGUCAUCACCGUUAAUCCACUCCAGCUAAAAGCGGUCAUAUACACAGUGCGGCACAGACACCAGACACUUGCCCUGUGGCGGAGAAGAGACUGUCCCAUCGCACCCUUCCCGUGGCUGGCUGUUCUGUUAGACCCUCGCCUGUUGUCUUUAGGGUACAGCAGCAUCAGACGCCUGUCCCAGGACGCUCCUGGCAGGGGACGAAAGAUUCGGGUAGCGUGAGAGGAGAGAGGGUGCAGAGAUGGAUGACAUCUUCACUCAGUGCCGUGAAGGCAACGCGGUAGCUGUCCGCCUCUGGCUGGACAACACAGAGAACGACCUAAACCAGGGGGAUGAUCAUGGGUUCAGUCCGUUGCACUGGGCGUGCCGUGAGGGUCGUUCGGGGGUCGUGGACAUGCUUAUCAUGAGAGGGGCGCGCAUCAAUGUGAUGAACCGCGGUGACGACACACCUCUGCACCUGGCUGCGAGUCACGGCCACCGUGACAUUCUGGCCAAGCUGAUCCAGUGUAAAGCAGAUACCAAUGCGGCAAACGAGCAUGGCAACACCCCUCUCCAUUAUGCCUGCUUCUGGGCCCAUGGCCUGGUGGCAGAGGAUCUGGUCAAUAAUGGUGCUCUGGUGAGCAUCUCCAACAAGUAUGGAGAAACUCCACUGGACAAGGCCAAACCACAGCUUGCUGCAAAUCUGAAAGAGCUGGCGGAGAAACAGGGACAAAGCCUGACCAAAGUUCCUUUCAAGGACAAUUUCUGGAAGGGAACUACUCGAACGCGCCCACGUAAUGGCACACUAAACAAACAAGCUGGAAUAGAUUAUAAACAGCUCUCCAUGCUGACCAAGAUCAACGAGAACCACUCUGGAGAGCUGUGGAAAGGCCGCUGGCAGGGCACAGAGAUUGUGGUCAAGAUGCUUCAUGUGCGGGAUUGGACUACAAGAAAGAGCCGUGACUUUAAUGAGGAGUACCCUAAACUAAGAAUCUUCUCCCACCCAAACGUGUUGCCCAUGUUGGGGGCGUGUCAGUCUCCACCCGCCCCUCAUCCAAUCAUAAUUACACACUGGAUGCCCUAUGGCUCCCUCUACAAUGUGCUUCACGAGGGAACCAAUUUUGUUGUGGAUCAGACGCAAGCGGUGAAGUUUGCUUUGGAUAUAGCGUGUGGAAUGGCUUUCCUGCACACACUGGAGCCAAUGAUCCCUCGGCAUUAUCUCAACAGCAAGAGCGUCAUGAUUGAUGAAGACAUGACGGCCAGGAUAAGCAUGGCAGAUGUUAAGUUCUCCUUUCAGUGUCCCGGUAGGAUGUACUCUCCCGCAUGGGUGGCACCUGAAGCCCUGCAGAAGAAGCCAGAGGAGAUUAACCGGCGCUCUGCAGACAUGUGGAGUUUUGCAGUGUUGCUCUGGGAGCUUGUCACCAGAGAGGUGCCCUUCGCUGACCUAUCAAACAUGGAAAUUGGCAUGAAGGUGGCACUAGAGGGACUACGGCCCACCAUCCCGCCGGGCAUUUCCCCCCACAUCUGCAAGCUAAUGAAAAUCUGCAUGAACGAGGAUCCUGCCAAGAGGCCCAAAUUCGACAUGAUCGUGCCCAUCCUAGAGAAGAUGCAAGACAAAUGAAACAGCCCUGCUGGACAACCCCGCAAACACUGGUUUCACAGUAUUGCCUUAAAAUUCACCACUCACCAAAGUGCUCUAUGCCACUGUAGCCCUUUGCUAAAGAAAAAAGAAAAAAAAAACGCUUUGUGGAAGUGCUGUUGAACAUUUUUAAAAGCCACCUUCUCACUAUCGCCAAUAUAUUUACAUGCAAUCAUUGAUUAAUGACAUGUGUUUGUGCAUGUAUGUCCAUCAGUCCCUUUCGUGUUCUCUGGAGUGUUCACAGUACAACACUUCUUUUAAAACCUCUUUUCUACAGCCAUUAAACAGGAAGUGGUGGUGGCAACGGUCAUUGGAUGCAGUGAAUGUACAGUAAAAUCAGUUUUCAUCUAACCACACAUUUCAUGCAUCUUUUUGCUCACUUCAUUUCACACUAUUAAAACAACAUCAUAGAUGAUUACAUCAAAACAAUUAGCAAAUAUCAAUGAUACAAUGAUACAAUAGCUAAUGCCAAUUUUAUGCCUAAGUAACCAAAAUAUGAAGUACCCAUAAUAUCAUGAUUGUACUGUCCCUCUCAUAGCAGGGAGAUGCAUAUUAUAAAAACCUGUUAUGUUAAAUUAAGGUACCAUAUGUUCAAAAGAAGAGCCACAUCACAUCAAAUGUGAGAACUCUUUUGCCAUAUGCAUCAUGGGUUAUGUCUUUUAUCCUUGCAUCAGAAAACUACAUAUUUUUCCUUGAUCAGUACAAAUGCAUGAUUGCGUCCUCUGUUAUGUAAUUAACACUCCAACUAUAUUCUGAUUUGCAUUGUACAUGUUAAGCAUGUUAUGUCCAAGAGAUCUGAGAGAUUUUUAUACUGUAUACAUAUAUAAGUGUUUUUGUUUUGUUUUUUUCGCGGGCAAUACAUUAGGCAGCCCAUGAGUGCCUUUAUUUUUUUGCUUUUCUAAACACUACGUCUAUUUACUUCCUCGUUAUGCUUUCACUGUCCCUCUUUUCAGCCAGCCAUUAUGUAAUAGGAAAGCAAGAGGUGAAAACAAGCAUACUUGACAUGCGUAAAUAUAUUCUCUUUUUUUUAUUAUUUCAGUGUUACUUUUUACAUUUUGAAAAGCAAACCGCGAUGAUAAUGAAAAACCGACUGAUUAUCUAACUUAUGCUCAAUGUUUUCUAUCCCUGUGAAGUUUUUAAUGAAACUUUAUGUGGCUUUUCUUUGUUCUUUAUUUUUGGAGAUUUGGGCUGUUUAUAUUUUAUUCAUUAAUAACUAGUUUACUAAAGGAAAAUAAGAACAAAUAAAAUGUUUUGGCCUUGCUAAAUGCUUCAAUCUGUGUUCAUUUAUCAGUCAGAAAAUAAAUUAUUGGGUUGUUGACGAAUUAAUAUCAAGCAGUGAAAAUGUGCUGCAAUGUGAUGUGCUACAGGAUAAAUAAAAAUAUUUUUAAAACAUA